AUGGAAGUUAUGAAUGUUUUCAAGUCGAAUACAGUUCAACUCAAUGCUUAUGAUGAUCGUUAUCUCUUCUAUGAUCCUGCUGGUGAACGUUAUGGGAAAAAAACUUCCUUAAAAAAUUCAUCGAUUUUACAAACCAUUAAUGAUAAUGAUGAAGAAAAAGGAUUGAACAGUUCAAUCACCACUGGAUCUCCAACAGUAACCAGCAAGAUCAUCGAAGAAAAUCAAUCAAUGCCAGAGAUGAUUCCAGUUAUUCUUGAAACUGAUCGUUCUUAUAUUAGAAACGACGAGAAUAGUAAAGAAGAAGAUGAUGAGAACAAAAACAGUGAACAAGAAGAACUGGUUAAACCAUCCAUAAUUUCCAUUCCAUUGAUUUAUACUAAACAAACAAAUCCCACAACAACAACAACAACAACAACAUCAUUUGAACAAGUUGUUAUUGAUGAACUUCGAUCCAUCAACACAACGUUAAAUUCAAUGAAGAAAAGACUUGAUAAUAUUGAAAAUAAAGCUGAUAUUGUUUAUGAAAUGGCGUCGGAGCGAAGAGUUAUGCAUGCUCUUCAUUCUCUAGGCAUGACCGGUAUUGAAGGAUUAUCUUGUGAAUAUUACCAUUAUCAUGACUAUGACUACCAUUAA